UGUGAGGGUCCAUUUGUAAAGCAGAAAACUCCCUCAUGCAGCCCAAAGGGUAGGCCUUAGUGUUCUUAAUCCCACUGCAAACCUCAAAUAAAACUGCUGAUAGACGGGAUUCUGAGGCUAACAGUUUCCACCUUUUGUACCAUGGGUCGAUUAGUUGGAUCGGGGUGGUUUAUGCUCCUGCUUGCAGUUGUGUAUGUUGAGGCUCAAAACAAGCCGUCUAUAAAUAUCCACUCACAAUGUCUGGGGAAUGUCAUGCGUGUGGAUGUUGGUCCACUUGGAGGAAAUCUUCUGGAAGUGGCUGCUGUGAUUAAUAACACUGCCAUCCCUCUCACACCAAGUUUAGCCUCUCAGUGCGGCUUCAGUUUGAUCAUAAAACAGCAAGAGAGUGCCAUGAUUUAUGCCUCCCUUCAAAACUGCUUUGCUCAAAAUGUGGAUGAUAAAGCUUUCACAACCAUAUUAAACCUCCGGCUGUAUGGAAACCAUAUGGGUGAAGAUGAGCUGUACCAGGUGGCUGAAACCUGCCAUUACACUUCUUGGGCCUCCAGGGAAAUUGUCUGUGCAAGCAACUAUAUGGAGGUGUCUGUGGAAAGGGCAGCUCCAGAUGAUUAUGUCCUUCCUGAAAAUCCCAACACAGGGUCGAAUCCUACGUCUGGUGACCCUCGACGAGACGCUGAGAAACAACUCAUAGACACAGGAUUCAGAAUCACAACGCUCGUCUUCUUCACACCUGAGGAGAGGAUUAUGAAUGUGGCUGAUGCCCAGAGAAAUGGUUAUGGGAUUGCUAACACUGCUACAAGGCUGUUCCUGAGAAGUUCAAGAUUUUCACCUGAAACAUACACCGAGAGUGUUGCUGGAGUGCCCAUGACAGUGCUCAAAACCUCCACAGUGUUUGAAAAGAAGUGGAUGGCAACUCAAAUCGAUGCAGCAGCUGCUUGUCCAAAUCUUGAUGGUAGUGUUGCUUUCUCUGAAAACACAAUCACCUGGUUCCUACCGAGGCACCUCGACCCUCUGAUUUCUUCCGGUCAGUUCCAUCUAUUGGAGGUCCACAUGGGGGUCAACGGCCAGAGGCUGGAGCCUCCUGAGAUGGCUGCCAGAGGUUACUCCAUGUCUGUCAAUGACGACUACAUCAUUGUUGAAAUUCCUGUCGGGGCUGUCGGUGGCCACAUGCAGAGUCAUGUUCAGGAUGGUCAGUACCUCACAUCUUACAACGUCGAGCCGAUGCUUGAGAUUCUCUGGGUUGAAGACUCUACUCAUGAGGACACGCGAUACAGAGUCCUCUUCCCCAUAACAACCCCGAUUAUGCCUCAAUCUCUCCAAGUCAUCGACAACACUAUCCCGAAGGAGCGGGUGUUCAAAGUGCUGCUUGGGCCCUUUGGCCCCGAUGUGGCAUUAAUGAACAUCAGCUUCCCCUCAGAGGUUCUGACCGUGGCUGAUUGCAAUCUCAGAGGCAUUAACAUUCAGGAGCACACAUAUCCUAACAGCAGCUCUAAGGUCUUCUCAGUGGAGGUGCCUUUCAUGGACAGGGUCGUGCUAAAAACGAGCGAAUCGGGGACUACCGUCUAUUCUCUUCACAUGGCCCUUGGCUUGCUGGUCCUGCCUGAUUUUGUUCCAUUUUCUCACACUGCUUAUCUGGAAGCCAAAUUAGUAGACAUUGUUGCUCCCUCCAUCUCUGGUGGCUGUGAUACGCAAAACUUCUUUGUCCUGGUGAAACAUGGGUCAAAGGGAUACAACUUUCAGACCAUAGUGGCAAAUCAGUUGUUGACCCCUCAUCAGGCUCAGCAGUACAACUUCAUGGACAACGGAACACACUUCAGUUUUGAGGUGCCGUUUACAGCUCCAGAAGUCGUGUUUGAGGCUGUUCAGUCAUCGUCAAUCAGGACCAGAAUUGAUGUGGUUCUGAGGAAUCCAGAAACCAACAGAAACAUCAAAGACUUCUCCUUGGCUUGUGAUUUCAUUUCACCACUGACAGAGUGCUUUCCCAAUGGAACAAUGACGGCCUGGGCUGUCAAACUGGAGUCUGUUCCCAGUCUGAACCUAGCUCAGCUUGCCCUCAGAGACCCGACCUGUGGCCCCGCCUACAGUGAUGACCGCUACGCUUAUUUUGUCUUCACUGCAAACUCCUGUGGGACGACCAGGAAGUUUCUGCCAAAUAUGAUGCUGUAUGAGAACGAAAUCUCUCUGCCUGAUGAACUUGAGAUGAUGAGGGAUUCACGGAGGGAUGAGCCAGAGUACGAGUUGAAGGUGUCUUGUUAUUAUGAAAUUAACAAAACGCACGCUGUAUCCUUCCACACCAGACCUCGCAGGAGUGAACCGUAUGCUGAAAAUGCAAAAGGAGAGCUACAGGUGGAAAUGAGACUGGCUUUGGACAACUCUUACAGAGAGUUUCACAGAGUUGAGGAUUAUCCCAUAGCGAAGUACCUGCAGCAACCCCUGAAUUUUGAGGUGGAACUGAUGUCUACAAAUCCAAAAAUAUCCCUGGAGCUGGACAACUGCUGGGCCACAUUGAAUGAAGACAGUACAUCCCAACCAAGAUGGAACCUAAUCAUUAAUGGCUGUCCAAACCCUGUUGAUCCGUACCAGCUCAUCAUUCACCCUGUCUGGCCUGGUGGCAGAGUUCAGUAUCCUUCUCACUUCAAGCGCUUUGAGGUUCAGAUGUUUGCCUUCGCUGAAGAUGAAAAUAACUUUAGCCGACAGGUGUUUGUCCACUGUGACGUGGUGAUCUGUGAUCCCAGAAACCCUCUGAGUGGAGUUUGCAGUGGACCCUGUUCAAAGCAGGAAAACAAGAAAAGAGGUCUAAGAAGUGCUGUUGCUGAUGGUGAUUUUAAACAUGUCUCAUCAGGACCUAUUAUUCUACAAUGAUAAACCAUAUUAAAGAUUCUUUUUAAUUAAAUUCACUCAUCAUUGUUUCUAUGAAAAAAAUAAAAAUAAAAACCUGAAUUCAAA